CAAAAUUAUGUUUAAUAUUGUACCCCUAAUCUUCUGUCUCUUGCUAAUUAAUAACCCAAAAUUCAAUUUAAUCAACCAACAUCUUCCUGAUCUCCAAAACCAAACCCAGCAUUAAUUAAUUGAUGUCUACUUCAAUUAUACAAUCACUAAAAACCAACUCUCUUUGAACACUGUCGUUUGUUAGGCCUCUCGACCACUGUGGAUCCAUUUGCUCCUUAAACGGGUCGGGUUGUUGCUUCAUAGUCUUUCUGGUGCCAUAAAAGGGUACUUAAAUCACAUGCCACCCGGUAAGUAGGUGAAGCUAUGAGUGGACAGGUAACCGGUGUUGUUGAUGAAGAAAGGGAAUAUGAUAGUCAAAUAGUUACCUCCACCGGACGAGAUAAUGGUGCUAAUAUUGAGGGGGAUAGAGAUUUUGAAAUGCAUGAUAACAUGGAUUUUGAAUCUCAUGAGGCUGCCUAUUCUUAUUAUCAAGAGUAUGCAAAGUCAAUGGGCUUCACCACAUCAAUAAAAAACAGUCGUCGAUCAAAAAAGUCAAAAGAAUUCAUUGAUGCUAAAUUCGCAUGUUCUAGAUAUGGGAUUCCACCAGAAUCAGACGGCGGCACUAGUAGGCGUCCGAUUGUAAAGAAAACCGACUGCAAAGCAAGUAUGCAUGUUAAACGAAGAAAAGAUGGAAGAUGGUACAUUCAUGAAUUUAUUAGGGAACAUAAUCAUGAGCUCUUACCAGCCCUGGCUUAUCAUUUUAGAAUCCAUAAGAAUGUAAAGUUAGCUGAGAAAAACAAUAUUGAUGUUAUCCAAGCAAUAAGUGAACGGACAAAGAAAAUGUAUGUUCAAAUGUCGAGACAGUCGUGCGGGAAUAUUAAUGUUGACUUAUCAAGGGAUGACUUAAAUUACCAGUUUGAACGGGGUCGGUAUUUAGCUCUUGAAGAAGGUGAUGGGCAAGUUAUGCUGCAGCAUUUCAUGAAAAGCAAGAAAGAGAACCCUAAUUUCUUCUAUGCAAUUGAUUUAAAUGAAGAUCAACGUCUAAGAAAUAUGUUAUGGGUUGAUGCCAAGAGUAGAAAAGACUAUAUGAGCUUUAAAGAUGUUGUUUCUUUUGAUAUUAGUUAUAUCAGAAGCAAUGAUAAAAUGCCAUUUGCCCUGUUUAUUGGGGUAAAUCAUCAUUUUCAAGCUAUAUUGCUUGGAUGUGGUUUGGUUGCAGAUGAGUCAAUGUCAACAUGUGUUUGGUUAAUGAAAACGUGGCUUAGAGCAAUGGGCGGAAUUGAAAAAGCUCCCAAAGUCAUACUUACCGACCAAGGAAAAGCAUUGGAGAUGGCCACAGCUGAAAUACUCCCAACAUCCCGACAUUGUUUUUCUCUUUGGAGUGUCCUAGAAAAAAUCCCUGAAAAUCUUGGUCAUGUAAUCAGACGACAUGACAAAUUCGCCAGUAAGUUUAACAAGUGUAUUUUCAAGUCGUUAACAGAUGAACAGUUUGAUAUGAGGUGGUGGAAGCUGGUUGGUCGAUUCGAGCUUCAAGAGAAUGAAUGGUUUCAUUCUUUAUAUGAAGAUAGAAAAAAAUGGGUUCCAACUUAUAUGAAGGAUACAUUUUUGGCAGGCAUGUCAACAAGUCAACGGGCCGAUAGUGUAAAUUCGUUUUUUGAUAAAUAUAUUCACAAGAAAGUUACACUAAAAGAGCUUGUUAGACAAUACGAGAUGAUUCUUCAAAACCGAUACCAAGAGGAGGCGAUUGCAGAUUUUGACACGUGCCACAAACAACCAGCUUUAAAAUCACCCGCACCAUGCGAAAAGCAAAUGUCAUCGAUUUAUACUCAUGCAAUUUUCAAAAAGUUUCAAGUUGAGGUUUUGGGAGUUGCUGGGUGUCACCCUAAGACAGAACAAGAAGAUGAAUCGAUCACUAUAUAUAAAGUCGAUGAUCGUGAAAAAACAGAAAGUUUUAUGGUUACAUGGAAUAAGAUAAAAUCUGACUUUUGGUGUUCGUGUCUUUCGUUUGAGUACAAAGGUUUUCUUUGUAGGCAUGUAUUGAUUGUUUUCCAACUAUGUGGACUCUCAAGCAUUCCGGAUCGUUAUAUUUUAAAAAGAUGGACAAAAGAUGCAAAGAGUAGUCAGUCAAUGGGUGAAGGAAAUGAACGGACACAAAAUAGGGUAGAAAGAUACAACGAUUUGUGCAAACAUGCCAUUCAAUUGGGUGAAGAAGGAUCUUUAUCCGAGGAGAGUUACGAUAUUGCAUUUCGUGCACUUGUUGAGGCUUUAAAAACGUGUGUGAAUGUGAAUAAUAAAGAAUCUAGCAACAAUGCUGUUUCAAUCCGUGAUAUAGAAGAGGAUAUAGGAGGCAUCUCUGCAAAAACAAGUAAAAGAAAGAGUGUAAGCAAGAAAAGGAAGGUACAAUUAGAACAUGAGCCGGUAAUGCUUGAGGCUCGAGACGACUUGCAGCAAAUGGAAAAUAUGAGCUCGGAUGGAAUAACUCUUCAUGGCUAUUAUGGGGCCCAUCAAAAUGUGCAAGGACUGCUGCAGUUAAACUUGAUGGAACCGCCUCAUGAUGGUUAUUAUGUUAACCCACAGAGUAUGCAUGGACUGGGUCAAUUGAAUUCAUUGGCACCAACACAUGAUGGGUUUUAUGAGGCUCAACCAAAUAUACAUGGUCUGGGGCAUUUGGAUUUUAGGCCACCAAGUUUUGGUUACAGUAUGCAGGAUGAACCUAGUUUGCGAACAAAUCAUAUGCAUGACAACCCGCCUAGACAUUCUUGACAUACAUCAAUUUUGCGACAGUAGACUUCUGAAAUUAUCCGCUUUUUUGACACGUGAUCUCAUGUUUGGGCCCUUGCUGGUAAAAAAUUAUAAGGUUCCAUUCCUGAGCUCCGAUACUCAAGUUCGUGUGGAAUUUAUAUUGAACGAACCAACACUCAUCUUGUUGUAUGUAGAUAAAUGUUAGUACUUAGUAGGUCCAAGCUACAAUGUUGGAUUUCAGGACUAAUCCUUGUGUGAAUGUCAUGUUAUUUCAGGCAUUUUUGAUGGAAUA